UGACGCGGCUCUCCGCUCCUCCGCGGCAUCUCUGUUUCUCUCAAGUCCUCAAAUGCGCGACUUUCACCGUCGGCAGAACCGGAGGGUGCCGAGGCCCGGUUCGUGUUAACGGAAUGUGUUAAUAUGAGGAUAAAGAGAUAAAAUACCGGCCCGUUAGAGUCCCAGUUCAGUUUAAAGAAGGCGGAGUGACGAUGUUUGCUGUUGACUGAAGUCCACUCCGAGAAACAAAAUGAAGAGGAGGCUGCUGCGUGGGUUCCUGUCGGAAGUUUCCGUCCGAUUAGCGCUGCUGGUGGUGUUCCUUGUGACGGAGCAGCUUCCUCCUUUCUACCGUGAGAUCCAGGCGGAGGAGAUGUGGCUUUACAAAUUCCACCGUGUGGAGAGAGACCACGUUCCCACCUUUCUCAUGUUUAGUGUGGCGGUUUUCACCCCCCUGAUUGUAAUCCUGGUUUUCACCUACAUGAACAAGUCAGAGCGUGGAGAUCUGAAAGAAGCCUCACUGGCUGUGACUCUGACUCUGGUGCUGAACGGAGUUUUCACCAAUGUCAUCAAACUUGUUGUUGGCAGGCCGCGACCAGACUUCUUCUACCGCUGCUUCCCGGACGGUCAGAUGAACCUGGAGCUCCGAUGCAGCGGUGACCCAGAUGUGGUCAUAGAGGGCAGAAAGAGCUUUCCCAGCGGACACUCUUCCUUUGCAUUUGCAGGUUUGGGUUUCACGGCGCUGUACGUGGCAGGAAAGCUGCGCUGCUUCACUGCAGCAGGACAAGGCAGAGCGUGGCGGCUGUGUGCCUUCCUCACCCCUUUACUCAUCGCAACUGUGAUCGCCCUCUCCAGAACCUGCGACUACAAACACCACUGGCAAGAUGUGUUAGUGGGGUCUCUGCUGGGUCUGGCCUUCGCCUGGCUCUGCUACCGGCAGCAUUAUCCUCCUCUUCAGGACCCCGACUCCCACAGACCUCUGCGUCACAGAGAGACUGUUCCUGCUGCACAGGAGCGCAAGCUGGCCAACUCCAACUACAUCCUGCCUCUGUAGAGCAGCUGGAACCGCAUUAUACUCUUAUCUGGUGUCAUUUCUACCGGGUUACUCAGUAAUCUGUGUAACUCUGGUUUUCACAUCUUUAGGGCUGGGCAGCAUAUCAGUAUUUAUUCUCUAUCGCCAAUCAUUGUAACCUUAAAGUGGGAAUUUUCUGUUUGGAUUGCGACACAUGACGCACAGUUUGUUUUCUAUACUGAAACUACAAAGUAAUUAGGCAGUCAGGUUUCUCUUGAAUGGUUUCUGAAACAUUUGAGAGCUGCUUUAGCACAGCAACAGUCCAACGCAGUGGACAUCAGCGACACACACCACCUGAAGGGUGCAUUUCUAAACCUAAAAAGAUGUCAUUACAUACUGGAUUGAUCGAUUUUAGAGGUCGGCUAGUUGUCGUUUCCCACGUGGCCCAGCUCUGCACAUGCUGUGUAUUGUGCCUAUAGAUCACAUAACUUUAACUAGUCACAACAGCUGAGCAGGUAAACAACACAACCACUGCACUAUCUAGUCCACUGCCCAUCAAUCCCUGGCUCAGCUGAUGUGAAACAGUUUCUCACGUAGGGUCACUGUUUUGUGAUUGUUUUGUAAACUUGCAACUUUUUAAACAGGCUUAAGGGAAGAUACCUGAAUACUGUUUUUGGUUUCUGGUUAUUUUCGACCUUUGGGAACAAAUUACGGGGGAAUAAGAUCAAAGCUCAAAUGCUUCUCGUUCCUAAUUGAGAAUUUCCAGGCACAUUUUAUGGUCUUUUGGAGCUUGCUCAGGUGUCACGACUAGACUGAACAAACACCGCGAGCUGAUUUGAGGGGGUCAAACUUCUAUUUAUCCUGCUGGCUUGAAUGUAAUAGCACAAGUAAACCUCUCAGAACUUCAGAGAAACAUUCUGAGCAGCUCAUGUGACUAACUUUCACAUUUAAGCUCACCUGAUGACCCAUAAGUCAGCUGCAUUUGCUGAGGAAGACAGUGACGUCCAAUUAAAUAAUCCAAAAUGAGUGGAACCUUGAGUUAGAUACUUUUCACCAUAAAUUAUUUGUCCAAGAAAAAAGGGUGAAGUAAGAGGUGUCUGAAAGGAGUGGGUUACAUGGAUAAAACCCUUUGUCACAGUUAUCAUAAUAUUGAUAAUUUUUGUGUAUAAUGCCUUUUUUUUUGAAACAUCAGAUAAAGAUAGGAAUGUCUUAGUUAAACCUAACCUGCAAAUUUAAUACAAGAAAUCAGCUAAUGACACCAUACAGUGAUUUAUAAUGAUGCUAGCAACGGACAAAAACCUGGCAGUAUUUGAUAGCUUUCGUUUAGUCCAUAGAUCCCAUGGUGAGACCAAAUCUAAAUAUUAAACAUUAAAAAUUAGUCAGAAAUGUAUAGUUUCAUCCCUCUAAACGCUAGAAAAAAAUCCUUUAUCAACUGGGUAUUGUAUUUUUCAACUAAAAUGACUCAGAUUGUAGUAAAAGGCUUCUUUUUUUUAAAUGAGGACUAUUUUCUGUCGUGGAUGAAUACACAUUUGAGGUUAUAGUAGUUUGAAUAACAAUGAAGCUGUGCGGAGGAAUAAAAUAUCUCUAAAAGGCA